AUGCUCAACAAUAAUCUGUACAACUAUUCCGUCCGAGUUGAUUCCUACAAACUUAUCGACAUAAACCUACAUUCCGCAACGAUAACACGACUGAGUAACACAAAGCUAAGGAAAUCCAAUAGUUUCGACAGCACUGCAAGUUUCGGACACUGGGGUAUUAUUAGCACAGGACGCGCGUCGCACGCGGCACGCAACGUGCACCCGGAAAAGCGAGGAAAGCGUGGACUCACCUGCGUGGGGAGCACGGUCUCCCGGCCCAGGGGUAUCGACAUUUUGCUAGCGGCGCCGCCGGCCGCGCCCCGGCGUCCGCCCGCGCCGCACCAUCCACCGACCCGCCACUACGGGCCGCGCGCCCUCCGCUCCCGCCGACGUCCCGCUCCAAGGAAAACACUUUUCCGAAAAAGCGGCUACCACGACGAGCUUACUCCGUCCAAGCACCGCACCGUUAGAAAUCGCUCGGUUCACACAUCACCGGGGACGUUUUCCAUUCGGAUCGAUACCGCACUGGCCGAAAAGGGCGCGAGCGUGCGACUGACGCGCCGCGCGCAUCGCUCACGCUCAAGCUCACCCCGCGCCUUCGCGACGGCCCUCGUACCUCGUGCGCCGUCCGCUACGCGAUCGCGACCGCACGGGGUCGUGGCACAGCCUCCUUCGUCUCGCUCCCUUCGCGAUCACACGAACACGUGCCGCGGCCACGGGCGUAGUGCGGUUAUCGAACGCGAGUACACAUGCGCACGGCGCAGCACUACAGCCGCCGUGGCUCAUUCAUUUGAAGCGAGCUCUUCGCACAAUACACACCUGAGCAAAUAUUAUGGGACCGGCGACGACAAUAAAAGUGUUGUUUCCGAACACAGGCAUCUAUCUAUUAACACUGCCCUCGUCGCGACUAGAUCGCUCUUAAAUGCGUUCUAUAGCGUAGGAAGGGUGCAAGGAGUGGUACUGCGUGGGCGCACUCGAGGCUGCGAACUU